UAAUAUAGAUUAACAAAUAAUACGGAGAUGAUAACACAGGGUUUAUUGUCAGCAUCAGGUUCUACGCGGCUCCUGGACCAGAGGGCAUUUUUCUAGCUGGUAUUGUGUGGUCUGAUUUUCUUUGCUGGUGUUCUCACUACAGAGUGAAAGAGAGAGGGGCAGCAUAAAGGUCAUGUCAUAAAAUGUAUAAGCAGUAGGCAAGCAACUUCAACCCCCUGUCAAAGUCAAUGACGAUGUCAACCUCGGAGCACUAGCAGAUUUUGGGGUCAUUUUUGGGCAUUAGGUACUGUGGGUUUAUUAUCCCUCGGGAACCCUCUUGCUUGUUGCCUGCUGCCCCAUGAUUUCUCCUGGCACGGCAUCCUGGCUAGAAAAUGAAGCCGUGCCCUGUGCCGCUCUAGCAACACUGUGGACAUUCAUGGCUCGGGAAUUCCCGCGCCCUCGCCGGUCCUCGUCCUCAGUGCCCAGUCAAGUGCCCCAUCGCCGCAGUCGCCGCUUGCCCCUGGCACUCCGUACCCGCUUGCAUGGCCUGCGCCAUGCCUGUUCCCCAGCCUCCUCACCCAUUCGCCGGGCUCUGUGGACACUGGCACUGUGUACUGCCCUGGGCCUGCUGCUCUCAUGGUCCUCGAACCGUAUACUGCACUGGCUGGCUUUGCCCACAGCAACCAGAGUGCAUACGCAAUGGGCACGCCAGCUUGACUUUCCCACGAUCACUAUCUGCAACAACAAUCCGGUGCGACUCCCACACCUCACCAAGAGUGAUCUGUACUUUGCCGGGCACUGGCUGGGCCUGCUGCACGCUAAUGGGACAGCACGCCCGCUAGUGCUAGAGCUGCUCCGUGAUGAGCGUCUCGCUUGGUUUCGCAAGCUGUCUGACUUUCGGCUUUUUCUCCCACCACGCCGCUUCCCCGGAACCAGCCUCGAGUUUCUCGACCGUCUCGGGCACCAGCUGGAUGACAUGCUGCUUGCCUGCAAGUUUCGAGGAGAACCAUGCGGUGCCCACAACUUCUCCACUGUUUUUACACGAUAUGGGAAGUGCUAUAUGUUCAAUGCAGCUGAGGAGGGCAAGGCUUUAAGAACGACAAUGAAAGGAGGAACCGGAAAUGGCCUGGAGAUUAUGCUGGACAUCCAGCAAGAUGAGUACCUGCCCGUGUGGGGUGAGACAGAGGAGACAGCGUUUGAGGCAGGCGUGAGGGUGCAGAUCCACAGUCAAGCCGAGCCUCCGUUCGUACAUGAGCUGGGCUUUGGGGUGGCUCCAGGGUUCCAAACCUUUGUAGCCACUCAGGAACAGCGGCUGACAUACUUGCCACCUCCAUGGGGAGAGUGUGUGUCCCAGGCUCUGGGCUUCUUCGAGGUGUACAGUGUCACAGCCUGCCGUAUCGAGUGCGAGACACGCUACAUCGUGGAGAACUGUAACUGCAGGAUGGUGUACAUGCCCGGGGACUCUCCGUACUGCACUCCUGAACAGUAUAAAGACUGUGCUGAACCUGCACUUGCCGCUCUUUCAUCGGUGGAAGGCAGCAGCUGUAUGUGCAGAAACCCGUGCAACAUGACCCGCUACAAUAAAGAGCUUUCCAUGGUCAAGAUCCCCAGCAAGACUUCAGCACGCUACCUGGAGAAGAAGUUCAACAGAUCGGAGAAAUACAUCACGGACAACAUCCUUGUUUUGGAUGUCUUCUUUGAGGCUCUAAAUUAUGAAACCAUUGAGCAGAAGAAAGCAUAUGAAGUGGCUGGACUGCUAGGAGACAUCGGCGGUCAGAUGGGGCUGUUCAUCGGCGCAAGCAUAUUGACAAUCCUCGAGUUGUUUGACUAUGCCUAUGAGGUGGUGAAGGACAGAAUCCUGGACCUAUUGAGUCGAGGCGAGGAGGAAGAGAGUCGUGGGGAAGACGUGAGUACGUGUGAUCCGGUAGUGAAUCAUUCGGAGACGAUCAGCCACACAGUCAGUGUUCCUUUACAGACCACUUUGGGUACGCUGGAGGAGAUCGCCUGCUGAGUGCACUUCCCCUCCGGAGCAGCAGGAGGAGACACCAAAUCCUCUUCAUCUCCCCUGCUGCUGAGAACGCAGUCUGGGGAAGAGACACAAAAUAAAACAGGGGAAAGGAAAAAUGAUGCAUUCAGUGAUUCAUCAUUCUGUACAAACCCAAAAGAAGAAACAAUGAUGGCAGCUCUGCCAGGCAGGCCAAGUCUACUGAAAUCUCUCUCUCUC